GGGAGGAGCCGCGGGGCCCGCAGGGAGCGGCCCAGGUGGUGGCUCCUCCUCUCCAGCCAUGGCCGUAAAGGAUCCUACAGCCGUAGAAAGAGCAAAUUUACUGAACAUGGCUAAACUGAGUAUCAAAGGACUCAUUGAAUCAGCUUUGAGCUUUGGCCGGACUCUGGAUUCUGACUACCCACCUUUGCAGCAGUUUUUUGUAGUCAUGGAGCACUGUCUGAAGCACGGCCUUAAAGUAAGAAAAUCCUUUCUAAGUUACAAUAAAACCAUCUGGGGUCCUCUGGAACUUGUGGAGAAAUUAUAUCCAGAAGCUGAGGAAAUAGCAGCAAGUGUCAGAGAUUUGCCUGGCCUUAAAACACCACUGGGCCGUGCCCGGGCUUGGUUACGGUUAGCACUAAUGCAGAAGAAAAUGGCCGACUAUCUUCGAUGUUUAAUCAUUCAGAGAGAUCUUCUCAGUGAAUUUUAUGAGUAUCAUGCGCUCAUGAUGGAGGAAGAAGGAGCAGUUAUUGUUGGGCUAUUAGUUGGGUUAAAUGUGAUAGAUGCUAACCUGUGUGUGAAGGGAGAAGACCUAGAUUCACAAGUUGGGGUGAUUGAUUUCUCUAUGUAUUUGAAGAGUGAUGAUGACAUUGGUGGUAAAGAAAGAAAUGUACAGAUUGCUGCAAUUUUGGACCAAAAGAAUUAUGUUGAAGAACUAAACAGACAGCUGAAUAGCACAGUUAGCAGUCUACAUGCAAGAGUUGAUUCACUAGAGAAAUCGAACACUAAACUGAUUGAAGAGUUAGCGAUAGCCAAAAACAAUAUAAUUAAACUUCAGGAAGAAAACCAUCAAUUGAGGAGUGAAAAUACCCUUAUUUUAAUGAAAACACAGCAUCAUCUAGAGGCAACUAAAGUGGAUGUUGAAGCAGAGCUUCAGACGUACAAACACUCCAGGCAGGGUUUAGAUGAAAUGUACAAUGAAGCACGUAGGCAGCUUCGGGAAGAAUCACAACUCCGACAAGAUAUGGAGAAUGAGUUGGUGGUUCAAGUUAGUAUGAAACAUGAGAUAGAACUUGCAAUGAAGUUGCUGGAGAAGGACAUCCAUGAGAAGCAGGAUACCCUCAUAGGCCUUCGACAGCAGCUUGAUGAAGUUAAAGCAAUUAACAUGGAAAUGUACCAAAAGCUGCAGGUUUCUGAAGAUGCUAUGAAAGAAAAAAAUGAAAUAAUUGGUCGAUUAGAGGAUAAAACCAAUCAAAUUAAUGCAACUAUGAAACAACUAGAACAAAGUGACAAAGAUCUGUUAACUCAAACUAGGACUAUUGCAAUGUCAUUCGUCAAAUGUGCCAGCAACGAAGCUCAGCACCAGUAUAAGCUUGUCAAAGAUAUAUCAUUCUGAAAGCUCCUCCAGAUCUGUUGUGUUUCAAUAAUUACUGAUAAAAUACUCCUUAAGAAUUUUAAAAUUACAAUUUUAAAGUGGUAUUAGAAAUCCUGCACUGUAACUGAUCGUAGCUGUGUUCUGUUUUAUUUUCUGAAAGAACAUAAUCUUCGAUCUCACUUUACCCCACUGAAAAAAAAAAAGGAAAAAAAAAAGUAAAUUAUUGCACUAUUAUUAAGCAAAUGUAAGCUAGUUUUCUAAUGUUAUUUAAUCACUUCUUAAUUGUCAAACAAAGUUUAUUUUAAGAGGCUAGCUGUCUUUACUUUGGCUGUACAUUUUUAUGACUUUUGUUUCUGAUCUAGUGAUUUUUCCUAUACUUUAUGGUACUAACAGAUUUUAAAAGUAGCCCUUCUGACUAGUAUUUCCCUUCUCCCUUGCUUAUUUCUUUCACUUUUAGGCUGAAUUUAUCCCAAAAGCAUGCUCUCUGUUGUGAUUUUUGGUUGUAACUAGCACUGUUUUCUUAAACAGUGUGACAGGAAUUUGGGGGGAAAGGGGUUGAGUGCUGUAUCAGAACAAUAUAUUUUAAAAAAGAGGAUGGUGUCAACAUACACGUUCAGUACGUACAGUGGAAGAAUUACAGGGUUUGGGGAUAAACCAGCUAAAGCACAAUUCCAUUUUGCUGAUGUGAUGCAGAAUUAAAAUGUGUUUGGUGCCUGGACUGGGAUGGGGCUCCAGAUAAGGGAGGGCUCUGCGCUGGAGCAAAUUUGGCAGCUGUGAUUCCUGCCUAGAACAGCAGCACCGUGGUGGCUGCAGUGGAAGUUGUCGGAAUAAAUAGGUUUUACAUUCAGGGCCCAGAUCCUGAACUUGUCUAACUCGUUUGUCAGCGAAGGAUCUGGCCUGUCAGUGGCUUUGAUUACACUGUAAUCAUAACCUGUGGUUUUGCCCAGCCCCUUUUUGUCCCCUUUUCCCUCCCUCCGCCCAUCAGUCUUUACACCUCAUAUUUCUGCUUUGUGUUGCUGCUUGCCUGCACUGCAGAAAUAAGAGGGUUUUAGCUGCUGACUGUUUGCUCUGAAGCCUGGAGGGGAAGUUGGCUGGGAGAAGAACCUUAGGGUCUUUCAGCAGAAGGGGGUGCGUUGGCAAAAGUCAGGGCAGGACACAGUAACACAGAAAGGGUUUUUACUCCAGCAUUAUAUAUAACCUUAUUCCUUGGUUUGGAAUCAGAAAGAGCCUUUAGCAUGGGAUGGCUACUAAAAAAAGAAAAAUAUCUCCCAUCCUCAAAGAAAACCCAAACCAGCAACACUGAAUAAAACAACAAGUAGACCGUAGCAGAAAUGGGAACGUUAAUCAUCUCAUGGUCAUCUCUGCAAACAAGUACCUGCCUCAGCACCAUCUGAGUCACAGAUCUUGCUGCAAACUUGGUCCAGCUCAGCAUGGGUCCGAAUUGCAGCGGUGUGGUUAGCCCUGGGGCCAGUCCAGAGGAUGGUGCUGUAGCCUGGGUAGGCUAGCAUGUUUCUUGUGUAGCAAGAUCCCUUUCUACCUAGGUUGUGGAAACUAUACUGCAGUUUAAUUUAUCACUUAGGGAGGGUUUUAACUUCUUUUGGUGUUACUGUCUUGUGUAGCUUCCUUCAACUGCUUUUGCCCGGUGAGUUGACCUGACUUUCCCACUAUUCUCCAUUCCAUAUGUGUUUUUGGCCCUCUGGGGCCAAAACUACUGUUGCAAAGGUGACUGGGGACAUUCUUAAAACAACUGGCAUAGUUGAAUGAGAUAGUUUAAUUUCAGUCUUUUUUCACUUGUUUACUGGCAGCUUUUGGAAACUCCUGCUGGUGCAACUUCAUCAGUAGAAGCACAAACGCAGACAUAAUGCUGACUUAAUUCCUCUUUAGCUGACAUGGGAGUUGUGAGUUACUCUGCAUCCAGCCAGCUGCUGGGAAGUGAGAAAUCGAGCACAGAGAGUGUCACAAAAUUCUCCCACCUCUUACCCAAGAGCCUUUGAAACAGUUUUGUUAAACACGAUGCAGCAGGUGGGGACAUUCAGUGGUAUUUUACAGGCUCUUUUACCCUCCUGCCUUUUCACCGAGACAGGUGAAGCCACGAUACAGCACAAGUUCCAUUUUAGUACCUUUACUUUUGUUACAUUCCGUCCAUCUUUUUUUGGCCUGAAGAGGUGACCAAGUAGAGAGGAACCACAGUGAAUUAAUGAUUCCAAGAGGAGCACUAGCUGAAGCAGAAACAAACCCCUGGAGUUCAGAAAUGAAAGAUUAAAUUAAAAAAAAAACCACAACAAUCCCUCACUUCUCGAUUAAUGACUUCAAUUUAUUUUGUCUAUAGUAUGGAGGUAUUCUAACCAGUGUAAGAAUGCAUUAUUUUUAAUACAGAUUAUUUAAAUUAAUUUCAUAAUAUGGUGUAGUGGAGGUAGUUCUGUAAAUGUAGUGGGACCUGUCAGGGUGUGUCUUGUUGUAUUAGGCUAGUUAAGUUUUUUGCUGUCUGAUUGCAGUGCUCUGUGUUCAGCCUUAUGCCUGAAUUGUUUUCAGCUGCUUUUGCACAACACAUGCUCUGCCCUGUCUUAAUGGGUAAUUAGUACAAGCCAAGUACUUCUACAGGAUUUAUUUAAAAAAAAAACAAAAAAGAAAAGCUUCCCAAAAUAACACAUGAACAUAUGCUAAAGGAAAAAAAAAAAGCAUUAAGGUAUAUGCUUUAAUUCUAAAAUAUGUAUCAUCAUGCUUUGGCAUCUGUUAUUCAUGAGCAUAAAAUAAAACAGUGAUUACUUACA